GAGAGACUCCACAGAGUAAGGAGCGAGAUCGAGAUGCGUCAGAGGUACAAGAACUGUGAGAGCAUCCUCAAUUUCGUGGAUUUCUAUUCUUCAGGAGAUACGUUUUUCCUCGUAUUCGACAAGAUGGCUGGAGGCGACCUGGCCUAUGUGUUUGAAUCAACUCCGUAUCUGAGCGAGUCCCAGGCUUCACGAGUGACCGGCGCCGUCUCUAGAGCGCUCCUGACACUUCACAGCGACGGGGUGGCACACAGAGACCUAAAACCAGAGAACAUUUUAUGCCAUUCCCCACGGGAGAUCAACCCAGUCGUCCUCUGCGACUUUGGCCUAGCAAGUGACCCCCCUUCUCGACGUGACCCCUCUGAUUGGGACAUAACACAGAAUUCUACACUUAGUGUAGAAUUCUGUGGGACAUAUCUUGGGGUUUUGCUCUUCGAGAUGCUUUUCGACCGUCUGCCGUUUAACGGCGAUUGUGGUCGGCACGGACAAUCUAAGGACCCCAACUGUCGAAACUGCCACAAGAAUGUCUUGCCGAAGGUCUGCAAAGGAAACUAUGUCAUCCCUAACACCCGCAAAUCCGUGUCUGACAGUGACACUGCCGUGGAUUUGAUCCGGCGCCUUUUGGUCGUUGACCCCCAAACUCGUUACUCAGCCGCCGACGUUCUAAAGCAUCCGUUUGUGACUGCACACAGGAACGAUGACGUCACGAGAACCGACUGUGUAACGACGUUGCCAUGACAAUCGUUAUUUGCGUUAUGAAGACCCAAUUUUGGCAUGAGUAUCCAGGUGCUUUUACUUUUUUUGGACAAUAAAUUCAUCUUUUUAAAAAGUCGCAAACUUCGGACUAUGUUACAAC